UUCCCCCCUCCCUCCUUCCUCCGCAAAGGUUUCUCUCUCUCUCUCUCUCUCUCACUCACUUACUCACUCACUCUCUUUUAAAGUCAGUUAUAUUUGCCUCGGCUUCCUCAGCCGUCUCUCAGCCGUUCUCCCCCACCCCUCCUCCUCCUGCCAGCGCUCCCGUCUUUAUGUCGGGCUUCCCGGAGACCUUUUGAGGUCUCGCCGCUCCUUUUGUUUCUCCGGCUGAUUUUUUUAAAUGUAUAACUUGAUGGGUCUCAACAAUACCGGCGGACCUAACCAGCCUAAUGUCUCCUGUACUUGUAACUGCAAACGGUCUUUGUUUCAGAGUAUGGAGAUCACGGAAUUAGAGUUUGUACAGAUAAUCAUAAUUGUGGUGGUAAUGAUGGUCAUGGUGGUUGUCAUCACGUGUCUGCUGAAUCACUACAAACUUUCUGCAAGGUCCUUCAUCAAUCGGCCCAGCCAAGGACGGAGAAGAGAAGAAAACCUAUCAUCGGAUGGCAGCUUAUGGCCUUCGGAAAGCACAGUGUCAGGAAAUGGUGUAACAGAGCAGCAAGUCUAUACACCAAGGCCUACCGACAGACUAGCAGUCCCAUCCUUUUUGCAGAGAGACCGCUUCAACAGAUUCCAGCCAACCUACCCAUAUAUGCAGCACGAAAUUGACCUGCCCCCUACCAUCUCCCUGUCGGAUGGAGAAGAGCCACCUCCUUAUCAAGGGCCCUGCACCCUGCAGCUCCGAGACCCCGAGCAGCAAAUGGAACUCAACAGGGAGUCGGUCCGAGCUCCUCCCAACAGAACCAUCUUUGACAGUGACCUGAUAGAUAGUUCAGUCUAUGGAGGGCCCUGCCCUCCGAGCAGCAACUCGGGCAUCAGUGCGACCUGCUACGGAAGCAACAGCCGAAUGGAAGGGCCUCCUCCCACGUACAAUGAGGUCAUUGGCCAUUUCCCGGGAUCCACGUUUUACCAGCACCAGCAGAACAACAAUGGGGUACCUUCGUUCACUUCGCCUUCGCCCAUCAGCAAUCUCGAGAGCACAACGAUGUGGAACAAAGAGAAGGACAAACAGAAAGGGCACCCUUUUUAAGAAAAGAAAGGAAAAGAAAAGAAAGGAAAGGAAACACUCUGCACUUCUUGAUAAAUAGGAGGGGGGUAGGAUAUGGAGAUGGGGAGGAGGAUGAAACCAAACUCCCUUCUCCAACUCUGUGUAGUAUAAAUAUUUACAUGUUAUGUUUGGUCUGAAUGCACAAGCCAACAAAACUUGCAAAAACAUUUCUUUGUUGAGCUCUGUUAGGAAGAUUUUGAUUUUUUUUUUUCCUUUCUAAAUAAAUCUACAGCAGUCCUUUCCCGCUCCCUCCUCCUCGCCCAUUUCCCCUUCCCCAGUUUUGUAUCUAGUUGAAUUGCGUGUGUGGAUGCUACGACUUUCGUUUUAUUUCACUUAACUUUAAAGGUUGAAAAAAAAAAUAUUUGCACAAAAACAUUUGUUUAAAAAUCUGCAAUAUAUAUAUAAAUAUAUAUAUUAAAAAAAAUAAGAGGAACUGUAUGUGUGUGGGGGUGGGAAGCAGGAGUAUUUUUAUAUUAGAAGAGGCCUAUUGAGGAAAAAAAACAACGAUUUGUUGUGUUUUUUUUUUUUUCCUGAACUUAGAAUAUAAAAACAUGGCAACUUUUGAGAGCCAAUUCAAGAAAGCAUGUAUGACGUUGUAAAAAAGUGAGAAAGAAAAACAAUAGGAAAAAAAAGAAAAAAAAACAAAAGCAGGGGUUUAGAAUUAUUUAUAUAAAUGUUGAAAUUUUGCACUAUUUUUUAAUAUAAAUGUGUCAGUGCUUGUGUUUGGUUAGAAAUCUCUUAUCCUGUCUACCAUAAAACUGUUGAGGAAAGGACGUUGAGGUCUGAACAGAGUCACGGCGGGGGAGGGGGGAGAAGGACUGCAUCUUGUGCAAAAUUUUCUUUUUUUUAAUACUUCAGAGUCACAUGACCCUCUCUUAGACCUCUUGGUAGUUCCUUGGCACCUAUCAACAAGUACAGACGGAUGCCUAUAAAAGAGACCAGAACCUACCAUGUACAUGUAUUUCAUUAACUGUGAAGGGGCUGAGCAUGUAUAAAAAUUGCCCCUUUAAAGAAAUGAGCAAGUUAAUUGUGUCCAUGCCCCACAGAUUCCCCCUCUGUGCUUGAGGGUGUGCUUCAUAAGGGGAAGAGGCCAUUUCUACACCUGUGAGUAUAUGUUUCUCCAUCGAUCUGAUGCCUAUGUAUUUUCUUUGUACUGGGUUUUUUUUUUUUUUUUUUUGCACUCGGGUGUUCAUUCCCAGGCUUGUCAAGCAGCAUAAUGCUUACAUAAUCCUACAUUCCCUGUGAAAUCAUUAUGUUUUUUAAAAAGGGAACAUUUAACAUGUGAAAUUGAUUUAUGGCUAUUAGGGCAUGAAAAAAAAUAAUAAUUCAAAAAUGAAGAGCUUAAUUGUGCAAAACCUUAGUGUCGCGUGUGAUCCCAGUUGGGCUGGAGUGCUGUUCAUCCUGAACUUGUGUGCAGUUAGUUAGAACAAUGCCUAAGCAAGACCGUUUCCCCUUGACAUCCCUGUAGCUUUUUCUCCUUCUAUAAAAGUAGAAUUUGUCUCAGAGUUGAAGCUAAUCUCUUGCUUAGAUAAACUACUUUUCUGCUCCAGAGCUUUGAAGCACCCAGGUGUUUUUAUAUUUUGCAAAAUCAAGCCCUCCAAAAGGCAAAUUGGAAUAGCUGCUCUAUUUUUAUUGUCUUGUUAAUUUCCAGGAAAGCCAUAAAAACAUACACGGUCAUUAAAUUAUUUUCUUUUUUAAUGACCAGGUGAUGGCUUCUGAUUGUCAUCAUUUUUUUUUAAUAACAAAAUAAUUUGGUGCUCUCUCUGGUUAAGAUAAUAAAAGGAGUGAAGGAACAUCAAGAUUCAGAAGCCCUGCCUUUGAGAUUAAUAGCGCUCCCAGCAACGUGUUCCAGGCACCCUGCUUUUCGCAAGAUUUUAAAUAAGUUUUACAAGUGAAGGUUGCUCACAUGGCAAAGCCAUGGUCCCUGUGCUGCUUUAUUUUUUUAUUUUUGUUUAAGUAGGAAGAGGGACCAGUGACAAGCAUAUGCUUGUCCUAUUGGGUCCAAAAAUGGAGUUAACUCUAAAAUACUUUUUAUUUAUCCCAUGGUUAAAGGAAGAUGGGCAUGGUCCUUCUUUACAUCUGCUAAUCUGAGUCUGUAGGUUUCUCUGAAAGCCAAAUGGAGUUUGCACCCUGCUAAGUGGAGGAAAGAAACCAUUCACCCCUAAUUUCAGGUUCCAGCUAAAAAGCAGGGUUAAAAAAAAGAAUAGGGAAAAUAUAUUAACCAACCCCUCCCCCCCAGUAAAUCAGCUUUCCACUUCGCUGUUCACAGUAGUGCCGGGCACUGGGACCAAGCAGUUGGGUGAAGGAAAUUGCAGGCACCCCUCUGCUUUGUGGUCCGAGGUUCCAUCUAUCUUUGUGUAUCACUCCAUCUUGAAAGAAAAGGAGGGGGCCCUGAAGACUACCCUUUCUGAAUUACCCUCAUCUCUUGACUGCUGCCUUUGAUUGUUAACUGUGUUUUAUUUAUUUCAGCUGGGGAUUAGGGGAAACAGGUGGAUGGAAAUAUUUCAGCUACUAUGAUGUAUUCAAGGCAAAAGAGUCAUGUUCAGGUUUUAGAAGCAAAUCCAGAACCUCUUAGCAAUGUUGGUUCUGUGUUUGCCAUCUGCGAUCAGGAUCCUUCUGGAUCAAGGGUGCACCAUCUAACCUUCAAUCAAACAAAUCAGUGCAUGUCAUCUGCUUCUUUAAAGAGUUCUUCCCCCCCCCCCCCACUUUCUCUCUAUCAUUUUGUCUUUUGUUUACACUUUUUUUAUUUUAAGGUAUAAAGGUCUGCUUGGUUGUUUUUAAUCCACAUGGUUAAUUCAUGUAUGAUUUGAGUAACAGAGAGUGAAAGGCAUAAAUGAUAAAGAGGAAGAGGAAGAAAUUGUUUAAACAUUUCCAGAGCAUCCAUCUCUGGAUCUCUCUGUGCUCAACGUUUAAGUUUUAGCUAGGAAGGUAGUUGUUUUUUUCCAAAACAAGCCAUCCUGGGCAAACAAUACAGCUUUGAGCAGAGUAGAGAUUGGAAACUUGAUAUCACCAUAUUUGCACAGUCUGAGGAGACCAGGCCCAUCAAUGUUUCGAGUUCAGAAUUGCUAUCUCAACUUUUGCUGAUCAUUGAAGGAUAUCAAUAUUCCUGUUUCUAAUUACAUCAUCAGCCUUUGAUCAAGACUAUGGGGGAAAAAAAGGCAGUUGGGUUCACUGGACAUCUUUAGCUGCUGAUAAAGAAACAGCUAUCAGGGCCAGUUGGCUACACAGUUCCAGACCUAAUUAGCAGAGGGAGCUGUAUGUAUACAAGGAGGUGUAAUUUGGUUUUUGCCAGAUGCUAACUAGGAAGGUAACAUAAAUGAAAGAUAUAAAGGCAAUAACUCUUCUUUUUAUGCGAUUUUUGUACUACUUGAAGAAGAAGAAAGUCUUGAGCGCAACCUGAUGAGUUUUAAAGUUUUAAAUAAUUUGGGAUUUUAUAUAUAUAUAUAUAUAUAUAUAUAUAUAUAUAUGGAUCGUAAUGAAAAUAUAAAAAUGAACAUUUUUUUAAAAUGGCACCUUUUGUGGGGGGCCUAGGAAUAGAAAACCUCAACCUCCCUCUAUAGCUCCUUAAUAAUAGCUUUACAACAACUCCAAUUUGCAGUUUUUUAAAAAAGAUAAAAAUAAGGAAUAACUCUAUCUUCUUGUGAAAGUCAAAGAAUUUCUAGACUUUUUAAAAAUGUAUCUUUCCUUUAUGUAACAUGUCUAUUUAGUGCCUUAUUAAAAGAAACCAUAAGCCUCCCUUUUUUUCUUUUGCAAAAAAAUAGAUAAAAGAGGGGCAGAUUCUAUCAUUGGUAGUGAUAAGAAUUUCCAUAGUAUGGGCACUUUUAGAUCCAUCUUGGGAUUUCAAGUUUUCUUUUUUUUAAAGUCUGUACACUUGACUCCUUUACAUCCAGUCUAAUGUAUUUAUUUACAUGAAGCACUCUUUCCUCAUCUUUUGCCAUGUGCUUGUUAGGUAGCUUAAAUACCUGUUAUGCACAUAUCCUACCCUAGUAAAAUUGGGUAGUAAAAUUGUGGUAGAGAAUAUAAUCGAGAAUAUCAACCAAAAAAACCCUGAAAUAUAUCUACUGCCCUCUUGAGCCAAAAUAAGUAAACAGUAAUUUUUAUGGAUCUUUUUUUACUUCUCUCCUCUUGUUUUUUUUUCUCUUCUUUGAUCUGUGGUUUUUACUAUACACUUGUAUACAUAAAUACGAUGCCUAAAUUCUCUACCAUAAUUAAAAAAAAACCAUCAGCAUGGCUGCAAGAUACUAAGUCACGGGAGUGCCUUGUACAAAAUGAACCAAAAUUUGGGACUGGUGUUGUGUUGGCAUCAUUGAGUGCAUCAUUGGGUACGAUCACGGCCGUGCAAUGGCAUGGGGGCUCAUGACAGAUUGCCCAGAGCCUUUCUAAGUUUGCCAGCAGUAACCAACCAUAAUAGGAUGGAAGGAAACUUUCUUCACUUGCCUGGUGAGGUUGGCCAAAUGAAACACUACAAUGGAGGAGAAAAAAAUUGUUCAUAGGAAUAGUAAAAAGUUGGAAGGAGUGGUUUGCACAAGUGUUUCUGAUAUUCUAAAACUCAGCUGCCAAACUUUGUUCCUGUCUCUUCUCUACAUUUAUUGGGGGGAAAAAGAAGUGACCUUUCUGUCAUUGGCAUGAAGUGGUAUGGGGGUGGAAAUACUUAGUUCCACUUCUCUGUGUCAGUUUCUAUUAGCCAGACAAGAGCAGGA